CCCGCCUCCAGUGAUGUCACGUUACCGGAGAGUGUGUCGACUCGUUAUACGCUGAGCAAGAUGGCGACGGAGGCUGGCUGUCAGGGCCGGGUGCGGCGGUGAUCCGAGCUGUACAGCGGGGAAUGAGGGGAAGGAGGACUCACCCAGACCGGCAGUGAGUCAAAAGACUGCUGGAAAUGGAGCAUAAGAAUAAUGAGAGCUUUGUCCCAUCUAUUACUGAGCUGGAAGGAUAUCUCACUGAACAUAACUCCAAUGUAGUAUGGCUGCUUGUUGCUACCAUUUUGUCCUGCGGAUGGAUUAUUUAUCUAACUUAUUACAAUUCUAGGAAUGUAGGACUCAUUUUAACACUGGUAAUAAACAGAUUGUACAAACAUGGAUACAUCCACAUUGGAUCAUUUUCCUUCUCCGUCCUUUCUGGAAAGAUCAUGCUACGUGAAAUCUACUAUAUUACCGAAGACAUGUCAAUUAGAAUACAAGAUGGAUUUAUUAUAUUUCGUUGGUGGAAAAUGUACAACCCAAAACAAAAACAACAUGAUCCCAAAGCAGAAACCAGACUAUACAUUACAGUGAAUGAUUUUGAGUUCCAUGUUUACAAUCGCUCUGAUCUUUAUGGACACCUUGAGGAGAUUUUUGGCUUAGACCCAACAAUAUUUCCUCCCAGGAAAGAAGAUGAUAAGGUUCGGGAGAAUGGAAAAGAAAAAGUGCAAUCUGAACUUGAAAGUGGAAAAGUUAAAACAGAAUCUCCAGAUCCGUCCUCAUCUUGGAGAUCUCUCAUACCAGUAAUUAAAGUCAAUAUUAGCACAGGACGCUUGGCCUUUGGAAAUCAUUACCAGCCUCAAACCUUGUGUGUAAAUUUUGAUGAUGCUUUCCUCACAUAUACCACAAAGCCCCCAUCAAGUCAUCUGGACCAGUUCAUGCACAUCCUGAAAGGCAAACUGGAGAAUGUCAGAGUGAUGCUGGUCCCCAGUCCGAGAUAUGUCGGUCUUCAGAAUGAUGAGCCUCCGAGACUCAUGGGAGAAGGAUUUGUGGUCAUGCAGUCUAAUGAUGUUGACAUCUACUACUACAUGGAUGAGCCAGGGCUUGUCCAGGAAGAUCCUGGGGAAAAUGUAGAAGGAGAAAGCAACACAGAAGAUGCAAAGCUGCAAGACUUGCCACCUUGUUGGGGAUUAGACAUAGUCUGUGGAAAAGGAACAGAUUUUAACUAUGGGCCAUGGGCAGACAGACAGAGGGAAUGCUUGUGGAAAUUUUUCUUCCCGCCAGAUUAUCAGGUUUUGAAAGUUUCAGAUAUCCCGCAGCCUGGGAAACCUCGGCAGAUCCAGGCAUUUGAAUUAAGAAUGAACAUCAUUGCAAAUGCUACAAUUGAUCUGCUUUUUACCAAAAACAAGGAAACAAAUGCUGUGCAUGUGAAUGUGUGGGCAGGAUCUUAUUUGGAAGUAAACAUCCCUCUGAUCGUCACUGACACUGGCUAUUCAACCACAAUUAAAGGACAGCUGUUACAUGUUGAUACAACCACUAGUAUGCAGUUUAGGACACUUCUUGAAGCCGAAAUGCUUGCAUUUCAUAUUAAUGCCAGCUACCCUAGGGUGUGGAAUAUGCCCCAGACGUGGCAAUGUGAGCUUGAAGUUUACAAGGCAACGUACCACUUUAUAUUUGCUCAGAAAAACUUUUUCACAGAUCUGAUUCAAGACUGGUCCAGUGACAGUGCACCAGAUCUGUAUUCAUUUGUCCCGUAUACUUGGAACCUAAAGAUUAUGUUUCAUCAGUUUGAAAUGAUCUGGGCAGCAAAUCAACACAACUGGAUAGAUUGCUCAACUAAGCAGCAAGAAAAUGUGUAUCUGGCUGCCUGUGGAGAAACAUUAAACAUUGAUUUUGCACUGCCAUUUACUGAUUUUAUACCAACUACGUGCAAUACCAGAUUUUCCCUCAGAGGAGGAGAUGUGGACCUCCAUUUGUUUUUACCUGACUGCCAUCCCAGUAAAUACUCACUGCUUACAUUGGUGAAAGAUUGUCAUCUAAGCAAAACUGGCCCCGACUCCUGCAGCUCAGCAGAAAACCACAGCGGCCAGAAGCACUGCAAACCAAAGUGGAGAAAUGUAACACAGGCAGGGCCCGGGUGGGUAGAGUGCUGGACUGUCCCAUCUGUAAUGUUAAUCAUCGACUAUACCUGGCAUCCAAUUUAUUCCCAAAAGACGGAUCAGCAACUGAAACAGUCAUUGUCAGAAAUGGAGGAAUCUAUGCUGUCAAUGCUGCGGCCUUGUCAGAGAACAUCAGAGAGAGUUACAUCUCCCACUGCUUCUAACCGACCUACUGUGGAUCCCUCAGAACUGCCGCCAGAUAAGCUGCAUGUUGAGCUGGAGCUAUCACCUGACUCGCAAGUAGUUUUUUAUGGACCCAUCCUAAUGGCUUUCCUCUCCAUAAAGGAAAACUACUUUGGAGAAGAUGACAUGUACACUGACUUUGAAGAAGUCAUCGCCAGCCCUGUGUUGUCAAUGUCCACAUCCUCCAGCUCUGGCUGGACUUCAGUAGGGAUGGAGAACGACAAGAGGGACCGUGAUCAGGCAGCUAAAUCCAUCCAUCCACUCACACUGAGGCCAUGGGAUAUUACUGUAUUGAUUAACGUGUACAAAGUCCAUGCCAAACUACCAGUACACUGUGGCAAUGAUGGACCAGAAUGCCCAACUGUGUUUCUAGAGAGACUCUGCUUUGAGAUGAAGAAAACCUACAGAGAGACAUCGCUCCAGCUUGUGCUGUCCCCUGUGUACAUUUUUGUGAAUGACAACUAUCAGAGGCCGGCAGUAGAUGGGAUGCUCCGAGAAGGGCACAUUAGCCUCUCUGGAUUACAGCUCCGUGCACAUGCAAUGUUCUCUGCAGAAGGUCUACCUCUAGGUACUGAUACUAUGGAAUAUGCGUGGCUGAUUGAUGUGCAGGCCUGUUCUCUUACUGCCAUGGUCACUGCACCGCAACUGGCGUGCCUGCUGGACUGGGGGCAGACCUUUAUGUUCCAUGUCAUGUGUAAUGAGUUCCAGUUGGAGAGGCCAAAGUCUGUGGUGAUCUGCCAGCAUGGUAUUGAUCGGCGAUUUUGUAAUGCUAAGCUGUGCUGUUACCCAGGACCGUGUCUACCUGCUGAUGAUUUGAAAUAUCGGAUGACUCGUCUAUCAGCUGAUGGGGCAGAUAUUUACCUUGUGGAUCAUGGCUGCGCUACAAACAUUAAAAUGGGUGCUAUUCGACUGGCAAAUUGCAAUCUCCAUAAUCAAGCUGUAGGUGAAGGCAUCAGUGCAGCUAUCCAGGAUGUACAGCUGAGACAAUACAUUGAGCAGUUGGACAGUAGCAGAUCGGGACUCCAGCCUGCAGUGUUACGCAGAGCCUACUGGCUGGAAACAGGCUCUGUGAUGUUAGGGCUCAUCACAGCAGAUAUAGCACUAGCUGCUGAUCAUUCUUCCAAACAUGAGGUGCAAAGGCAUUUUUUAGAAACUCAUGACAAUAGGACUAGAAGGUUGUGGUUCCUGUGGCCUGAUGACACUCCGAAAAAUAAGAGAAUCAGGAACAAGUGUGGCUGUCUGGGAGGCUGCAGGUUCUUUGGUGGCACUGCAACAGGAAUUGACUUUUUCCGGCUGGAGGAGCUGACUCCAUCUAGCAGCUCCGCUUUUUCCAACACCAGUGUAGAGUCAGAUAUGUUUUAUGGACAAUCUUUAUUGCAACCCACUGAAUGGAUUAUAACUAAAGAGACACAGAAAACCAUGGAAGUUAAGGCAAAUGUGCCUAGAAGAAAAGAAUGGGACUCCAGAUCUGUGGUGAUAGAGAUUGAAAGAAAAGCACAGCACCUGAGUCUCCAGGUUCCACUACGUUCUCACAGCUCCUCUUCCUCUGAGGAGAACAGCAGUUGCAGUGCUGCACUCCCCCUACUGGCAGGUGAGAAAGACAGUCCAACUUCUGUCGCCGAGGACGGCCUAAUACAAGUCGAUUAUCCACCGAGGGCAAAGUCUCAGGAAUCCCAUGGAAGUGUUCCAGUUGAAGCAUCCAGGAGUAGUCCUGUUUCUCCAAACUCUCAGGACAGACCUGCUGUCCACUCUCCACUCCGUUCUCCUCUGAAACGUCAGGCAUCAGUAUGUUCAACAAGACUUGGCAGCACAAAGAGUCUCUCCGCAGCCUUCUAUGUGGACAAGCCACCAGGUCCUGUUGGAGUUCAGUUUAGUAGCGAUGUCUCGCGCAGUGAUGAGAACGUCCUGGAUUCUCCAAAGCAAAGGAGAAGUUUUGGCUCCUUUCCAUACACUCCAUCAGCAGAUUCUAACUCUUUCCACCAAUACCGUUCGAUGGACUCUAGUAUGUCAAUGGCAGAUAGUGAAGCUUAUUUUUCUGCAGCUGAGGAGUUUGAACCCAUAAGUAGUGAUGAAGGCCCUGGUACAUAUCCUGGGAGAAAAAGACGAAAAAAGCAGACUCAAAAAAUUGAUUACAGCAGAGGUUCUAUUUACCAUAGUGUAGAAGGUCCUUUGACUGCUACUGUUCAUGGGGAGGCCAGGCUAGAUCCAAGGACACUGCCGAUCAGAACUCAUGCUUCUCAGGCUUCAUUUGUCUCUGCACUAGGUGGGGAAGAGGAGCCGUUGGAACAUAAAUACCCAAUAGAAAUUGAGAAGCGCACAGAAAAUGACCAAACUAGUCAGCAACCUAUAAUGUCCUGUUACCAGAACUACCUGAGUCAAUUCCAGGUAUUUAACUGGUCUGUAAAGCAUCCAACAAAUAAAAGGACUUCAAAAUCAUCCCUGCAUCGACCAUUAGAUUUGGACACGCCAACCAGCGAAGAAAGCUCAACUUCUUAUGAACAGCUCUGUGUUCCAACUUUCAAGGUUGUGAAACAAGGUUUAUCAGCCAAUGCCUUACUGGACAGAGGGAUGCAGCUUAUGGGCACCUCCUCCAGUACCCCAUACACUCCCCUGGAGAAGAAAGCCACAGAAAACACAGAUGACGAGACGCUAACAGAAGAGUGGACUCUAGAUCAGCCUGUUUCUCACACACGGACAACAGCCAUUGUGGAAGUAAAAGGAACAGUAGACGUUGUUCUUAGUCCCCUUGUAGCAGAAGCAUUAGACAGGUAUAUAGAGGCAAUGGUACAUUUCACCAGCACGAGACAUCCGGCUGCGAUUGUUGAUGACCUACACACGAAGGUGCUAAAAGAAGCUGUACAGAACAGCAAAACCACUUUUUCCGAAAAUCAGUCUUCAAAACCAGAUAAUAAACUAUCCAAACCUGAGAAUGAUGUUAAAGGAAGCACUAAUCAAACACAGACCAAAACUGCAGUUACCCAGGAUAAUGUGAAAAUCAAGGGACUCCAAGCUAAUGUCUCAAUACCCAAGGUGAAUCUAUGCUUGUUACAAGCGUCAAUUGAGGAGUCUUCCAACGCAGCUGCAAGUAAAAGUGUCACUCACGUAUCUUUAAUUGCCCUAUGCUUUGAUAGAAUUGCCACACAAGUCCGUAUGAACAGGGGGGUGGUUGAAGAGACACCAAACAACCCCGACACUGGCCGACCAUCAGUAAAUUUUGAGAAAUAUGCCAACGCCACCAAGAUGCAGCCACAGUCUUCAGGAUCAUUAAGGUCAAAUGCUGGGGCUGAGAAAGGGAAAGAAAUUGCUGCAAAGUUAAACGUGCAUCGGGUACACGGUCAGCUCAGAGGUUUAGAUACUUCAGACAUGGGAACUUGUGCAAUCACGACUAUUCCCUUUGAGAAAUCAAAGGUUCUCUUCACCCUUGAAGAAUUAGAUGAUUUUACGUUUGUGGAUGAAACUGAGCAGCCUCCAGCAACUGAUGUAACACGCAUUGGUCCAAGCCAAGAAAAGUGGGGAUGGAUAAUGUUUGAAUGUGGAAUAGAAAAUCUUGUUGUUAAAGGUGGGCGGCAGUCUGGUGCUAUUUUAUACAACUCUUUUGGCAUGAUGGGGACAUCUAGCACCAAUGAGCGUAGUGGACUGCUAAAGUCUAAUGACUCCUCUGAUUCACCAACUGGAAGUGGCUACAGCACUGAUGUAUCUGACGAUAACAUUCCAUGUGAUGGUGUAAGUCCAUCUUCAGAUAUCAAUGGAAACUCAGUGUCUGAAGAACAGGAUGAAGGUGUUGAGUCAGAUGAUUUGAAAAAAGAGCUUCCGCUGAUGCCUCCUCCUCCAGACUCAAGCAGCAUGAAGCUCACUAUUAAGGAGAUUUGGUUUAGUUUUGCAGCCCCCACAAAUGUACGAUCUCCAGCUCUUACAUUUUCCAGGCAAUUAAACCUCCUUAGCACUGCGACUCCAGCAGUUGGUGCAUGGUUGGUCCCAAUUGACCAGUUAAAAUCCUCUCUGAACAAGCUGGAGACGGAGGGAACGCUAAGAGUCUGUGCUGUCAUGGGCUGUAUCAUGACUGAAGCAUUAGAGAAUAAAAGUAUUCACUUUCCUCUGCGGAGUAAGUACAAUAGGCUCACUAAACAAGCACGCUUCCUACAAGAGAAUCCAUCCUGUCUACUCUGUAACUUACUACAUCACUACUUACAUCAAGCCAAUUAUUCAACCAUUGAAGACGCCACAUUAAGUGAUGGCCUCCCUGCCCUAGUCACAUUAAAGAAGGGGCUUGUUGCUCUUGCCAGGCAAUGGAUGAAUUUUAUUGUUGUUACACCUGCCUUUAAAGGGGUUCGCUUGCUCAGACCGGCCCAGACGCUGAAGCCACAUAACACAGUUAGGAGAGACGAGGACGAUUUGAAUGGGUUAGAGAAUGGAGGAGCUUUGCAAAGUGACACCAGUGCAGAUGGAGCAGAGUUCGAGUUUGAUGCAGCGACUAUCAGUGAACAUACCAUGCUGCUAGAAGGGACCAAUACCCGGCCUCCCCCUACAGGCGUUUCUUCUGGGCCUGUCAGUGGGGCUGAAAUUAUGAGGAAGCUAUCCAAAUCUCAUGCCCACAGUGAUUCUGCUCUGAAGAUUAAAGGGUCCCACCCAUACCAAUCUUUAAGUUACACCAGUGGAGACACAGCAAAUGAUUCUCCUGCACACAUUAGCAGGUCUGGAAUGCCUGUAAAAGAAAGUCCAAGGAAAGAAAGUCUUCUAAGCUACCUGACUGGGAGUUUCCCUAGCCUACAUAACCUCCUGGAGGGGACUCCACAACGAAAUGCUACAGCUGUUAAAAGCAGUUCUCUAACAAGGACAGGGAAUCCUGUGGCCACAGAAAUGUUGUCAGAACAUCCUUUAUUGUCUGAACCAUCCUCUGUGAGCUUCUAUAACUGGAUGUCAAAUGCAGUGGGUAAUAGAGGCAGUGUGGUACACGAGUCACCCCUGAUCAAGUCUGGAAACAACAGCCUUCCAACAGGAACUACACAUAACCUGCCUACCAUCCCCUCUGCUUCUGACUUUAACACUGUGCUGUCAAGUGAUCAGAAUACACUGGAAGGAACGCAGUCUCAGCAUAGCACUAGCCAAGAUGAUAUAGCUGGCAUAGAAGAGGGCAAUCAAGGGUUCCCUGCAGUCCAGCUUGCAGAUGCACAGGUGGUAUUCAAACCUCUGUUGAGUCAUACAGGUAUCCAGUCACAAGACGUUGUCCCCCUCAGCUACAGGAUGUACUUUGGAGAACAUUUGUCCUUCUCUGGCACUUUGGACUGUCUAAGAGCAGACAUAGUUGAUUCUGACACGUCCAAAGAAAGGAGGAGCAAAAGAGCCAAAAGGCAAGGAGCUAUCAAUCUGCCCCCCCUUGAAUUUAAGCCAGCUCUGAUGCUAGAAACAUUCAGCAUCAAUGCAGUGAUAAUGGAGAAGUCUAUGUGCACACCACAGAACUCCACCAGUGCCCUGUCCUUUCAUGAUCUCAGCAAGAGAUACUACAAUACAUUCCACUGCAAUUUUACCGUUUCUUGCCAGUCCAUCAGUCAGCAUGUAGACAUGGCCUUGGUUCGGCUCAUACAUCAGUUCAGUACAAUGAUUGAUGACAUUAAAGCAACGCAGACCGAUAUCAAGCUCAGCAGAUACACAGCUGGUUCAGCAUCUCCAACACCUACGUUCAAGACAAGAAAACACAGGGAUUUCCGUUCUUCUGACUUCAGCCGCAGCUCCCGAGGAAGUUUAAAUGGUGGCAAUAGAGUAAAUAAUAUGAAGAGCAAACGAGCCAACAAUGAAACCAACAAAAAGGAGUCUCGAAACAAGAACUCCCUGGGCAGGUCAGAGAGAAGAACCUCCAAGGUUUCUCGGAAGGGCUCUAAAGAUGCUGUAGAUCACAUGACUAUCCAUAUGGAUGACUCCGAUUCCAUUACUGUAUCUGAGCAAAGUGAGCCAUCUGCAGAGUGCUGGCAAAACAUGUACAAACUGCUUAACUUCUACUCUCUUAUCUCUGACCCCACUGGCUUUUUGGAAAAAUCCUCAGAACCACUUGGUCCAGCAGGGCGCAGUCCGUCAGAGCCCACCUGCAGGGUGGUAUUUGAGAAUGAACAGGAUAAUAACAGCUUGAACAGAAGUCAGAGAAAGCGCAGCCUUGUUACAGCUGAGCCUCAGCAUGUCACCUUGAUAGUUUUUGGCAUUGGUAUGGUGAAUCGCACCCAUCUAGAAGCCGACAUCGGAGGUCUGACCAUGGAAUCUGAGCUCAAGCGGAUUCAUGGGAGUUUUACUCUGAAAGAAAAAAUGAAAGAUGUCCUGCAUCAGAAAAUGACUGAAACAUGUGCCACAGCUCAUAUUGGGGGUGUAAAUAUUGUUCUUCUUGAGGGCAUUACACCAAAUAUUCAACUGGAGGAUUUCCCUACAUCUCCAACAAGCACAGCCAAACAAGAGUUUCUGACGGUGGUAAAGUGCAGCAUUGCAAAAUCCCAGGCUCUUUAUAGUGCCCAAAGAGGCCUGAGGACAAGCAACGCUGCUGUUUUCAAAGUUGGAGCCAUCAGCAUAAACAUUCCACAGCACCCAGCUACACUGCACAGCAUGAUGGUGCGCAGCUCCCACCAACUCUCCAAGCAGAUCUCAGACCUCAUCCGGCAGCCAUCCACUGUGGUGCCCCCUCCUAAAGAGGAUGUUGCAACUCCUUUACUUUCUGAAAAGACCCCCACAAGUGUAAACCAAACUCCAAUUGAAACCAAUGUAUUUCCCCAACUCCCAGAGGGACUGGAGAAGAAGCCUAUUGUCCUUAAGUUCAGUGCAAUGCUGGAUGGCAUUGCUAUAGGAGCUGCACUUCUGCCAUCACUUAAAGCAGAAUAUAAAAUGGGAAGAAUGAGAAGUCAUGGAAUGACAGGUGCCCAAACAAGGUUUACAUUUGAGCUACCAAAUCACAGAUUACGAUUCACCUCAAAGGUUUCCUCUACAGACAUGUCAACUAUUCCCCCCUCAGCCAGUCUCAAUCUUCCUCCAGUCACCAUGCAUGGGAAAUACAUAAUGGAAGAACAUGAUACUUAUUCUGAUCAGGCCUGGAGUAUGGAUGACCUUCCUGCCAAGCAGGGAUACUAUCUACAAGGAAACUAUUUACGUUGCAUGGCUGAGGUCGGAUCAUUUGAACACAAUCUCACCACUGAUCUUCUGAACCACCUGGUUUUUGUACAGAAAGUAUUCAUGAAAGAGGUCAAUGAAGUUAUACAGAAAGUUUCAGGUGGAGAGCAGCCAAUUCCCCUCUGGAAUGAACAUGAUGGUACAACAGAUGGAGAAAAACCCAAAAUCCUCCUCUAUUCCCUAAACCUGCGUUUUAAGGGUAUCCAAGUGACAGCUACAACUCCAUCCAUGAGAGCAGUCAGGUUUGAGACUGGCCUUAUUGAGCUUGAGUUGUCAAAUCGGAUUCAGACAAAAGCCAUGCCUGGAAGCAGUAGUUAUCUGAAGCUUUUUGGAAAAUGUCAGGUUGACUUGAACUUGGCACUUGGACAAAUUGUAAAACAUCAGGUUUAUGAAGAGGCUGGAUCAGAUUUUCAUCAGGUUGCUUAUUUUAAAACCCGCAUUGGCUUGCGUAAUGCGUUCCAGGAGGAGAUUGGUGGCUCAACGGGGAGAGAGGCCGUGCUUAUUACUCUGAGUAGGCCCAUUGUCUAUGCGCAGCCUGUAGCCUUUGACAGAGCGGUGCUAUUUUGGCUGAAUUACAAGGCUGCAUAUGAUAACUGGAAUGAGCAGCGACUGGCACUAAACAAGGAUAUUCAUAUGGCAACAAAGGAAGUGGUGGACAUGCUGCCCGGAAUUCAGCAGACAUCUGCCCAGGCUCUGGGAACCCUCUUCCUCCAGCUCACUGUCAACGACCUGGGUAUAUGUUUACCCAUCACUAAUGCACCACAGCCAGCAAAUCACACAGCAGAUUUUGAUAUGGGCUCUGCAUUGGUACUGACCAUUGAGAGUACACUGAUCACCGCCUGCUCUUCUGAGUCUUUGGUGAGCAAAGGACACUUUAAGAACUUCUGCAUUCGCUUUGCUGAUGGCUUUGAAACCACGUGGGAUGACUGGAAGCCAGAAGUCAGAACAGAUUUGGUUAUGAAUGCCUGUGUGGUGCCAGAUGGAACUUAUGAAGUCUGCUCUAGGACUACAGGACAGGCUUCUGCAGAAAGCAGCAGUGCAGGCACAUGGACCCUGAAUGUAUUAUGGAAGAUGUGUGGUAUUGAUGUGCACAUGGACCCAAACAUUGGGAAAAGGCUCAAUGCUCUUGGGAAUACUCUUACCACGCUGACUGGGGAAGAAGACAUUGAUGACAUUGCUGAUCUGAAUUCUGUGAACAUGGCUGACCUCUCAGAUGAAGAUGAAGUUGACAGCAUGUCUCCCACAGUCCAUACAAAUUCAGAAGCAGUUUGUGUAAAUGGAGAAAGCCUCAAACUUACUCUUGGUCAGCGACUUGUAAAUCACCUUCUUGGCCUGAAACCAGAACGGCACCGUUACUCAGUCCCUACAGAUUAUCUCUCUGGUUUAGAAAGGUCUGACUCCGGUUCUGUCCGUUCACAUACAGCUGCAAGCAGGUCUCGCUCAUGGGCAAAUGAGACCGUUGACCACAGGCGACCAGGGCAGCUUGGCAGUCAGAAUGUGGAUCCAAGAGGACGGAAAUUUGUGAAACGUUUAGUUGAUAUACGAGAGCUAAAUGAACAAGCCAAAGUUAUUGAUGAUCUCAAGAAACUUGGAGCUAGCGAAGGAACUAUAAACCAGGAAAUUCAGCGGUAUCAGCACCUCGAGUCUGUGGCAGUUAAUGACAUUCGCAGGGAUGUCCGUAAGAAGCUGCGUAGAUCCAGCAUGAGGGCUGCUUCCUUGAAAGAUAAGUGGGGUCUUGGGUACAAACCGAGCUACAGUCGUUCCAAGAGCAUUACCGCAUCUGGAAGACCACCUUUUAAACGAACAGAAAGAGCUAGCUCAAGGUUAGAUGGUGAAGAACUCCCUGAAAUACGUAUUGAAGCUGCUUCUCCUGCUGGUCCCAGGGUGACUUUCAACAUUCAGGACAGUUUGAAUAAUACAGUUUUAGGAUUAAAUCGCCAAUCUCGCUAUUCUUGGGAGGAAGGGUAUUUCAAGUUUCCAGAGGAGGUAGAUGGGGAUGUGUUGUCAGUUACCAUUGAUGGUCCAUCUCAUUACUCAUCCAUUAGUGAUGGUUCACAUUCCGUGUUCAGUUCCCCCAACACACCAAUAGUGUUUUCACCAGCCAUUCCUUUCCAGACUGAAGAAAAGAGAGAAGACAGUUCUUCCUCAUCGUCAGAGGAGUCCGAUAAAGAGGAACAGCAUGACAUAGAAAAGAUGUAUAUUUACAGGAAACCUCCACCGAACACUCGAAAGAAAUCCUCUGGUUUUGCUGCAGUCCAUCAACUUUUCACAGAGCGCUGGCCUGCUGCAGCUUCCAGUCGAAACGUGUCCAGCACUACGACUGAAAGAAAUAUAGACUUUGAGCUGGAUAUAAGAGUGGAAAUAGACUCAGGAAAAUGUGUUUUAUACCCUACAACUCUCCAGCAGGAACAUGAUGACAUAAGCUUAAGAAGGAGCUAUGACAGAAGUUCUCGAAGUCUUGAUCAAGACUCACCAUCUAAAAAGAAAAAAUUUCAAAAUAAUUACGCAUCUACAACUCACUUACUGGCAGGAAAGAAAGUGCCAUCAUCACUACCAACUAAAUCAAGUGACUCUGAAACCACAGUCUUUUAUAUUCCUGGGGUUGAUGUGAAGUUGCAUUACAACUCAAAAACACUAAAGACUGAAUCACCAAAUGCUUCGAGAGGAUCAUCUUUGCCAAGAACUCUUUCAAAAGAAUCCAAGCUGUAUGGUAUGAAAGAUACUGCAACAUCUCCUUUAUCUAGUACUGUCCACAACAAGACUAACACCUUGUUACCACCCCCACCCCCACCUAUCCCCUCAGCCAAAGGAAAGGGAAGUGGUGGAGUGAAAACUGCAAAGUUGUAUGCUUGGGUGUCCCUGCAGUCUCUGCCUGAAGAAAUGGUCAUCAGUCCAAACCUGCUGGAUUUUCUAGAGAAAGCCCUGGAAACUAUACCCAUCACUCCAAUUGAAAGAAACUAUUCAGUGAACACGCAAGAUGAAGAUAUUGGACAAUUUGAAAUUCAGGAUCCACUAGAAGAAUCCACUACCUCAUUAGUGUCCUCUUCCACAUCUGCCUACUCUUCUUUCCCUGUUGAUGUGGUUGUGUAUGUUAGAGUUCAGCCUUCCCAGAUCAAGUUUAGCUGCCUGCCAGUUUCACGCGUUGAAUGCAUGCUGAAGCUGCCAUCCCUAGACCUGGUCUUCUCCUCCAACCGAAGUGAGCUAGAGACACUGGGAGCAACACACCCCUCAGAUAUCAGCGUUGGUAAUCUUUCCAUGCCAAGUGGAUUAAAGGGAAACCUGAGCAAAUCAAGCAUGUCAGGGUCUUCACCUGGGCUAGGCAGCCCUCUUGGAAGAACUCGACACAGCAGUAGCCAAUCAGAUCUGACCAGCUCAAGCAGCAACUCAUCAGGCCUGAGCUUUACAGCAUGCAUGUCUGAUUUCUCUCUAUAUGUAUUUCAUCCUUAUGGAGCUGGGAAGCAGAAAUCUACAGUCUCUGGGCUGGCUCCAGGUUCCAGUGGCUUAGGUCAUGUGGAUGAAGAGCUUACUUCUGUGACAGGCCGAAAGGACUCCCUCAGCAUUAACCUGGAGUUUGUCAAAGUCAGUUUGUCCAGAAUGAGACGCUCUGGAGGAGCUUCUUUCUUUGAAAGUGUGUCUGCGAACAAGACAUCAAGUAAAAUGGACACCACUUUAAUAAAUAUCUCAGCUGUCUGUGACAUAGGCUCUGCUUCCUUCAAGUAUGACAUGCGUCGCCUUAGUGAAAUUUUGGCAUUUCCGAGGGCUUGGUAUAGAAGGAGUAUUGCUAGACGUCUUUUUCUUGGUGAUCAAACCAUCAAUUUACCAGCCUCUGGGUCUGGUACUCCGGAUUCUGUAGAUGGAGUGAACCAGCAUCUUUCUCCUGAAUCUUCUCGAAAAGCUUAUUGCCGGACAUGGGAUCAGCCCAGUCAGUCAGCCUCAUUCAGUCACAUGGCACAGUCACCCAAUGUUUUCAAUGAACACACUCCAAGCAAAAGCAUGUCUCCUGUGGCAGUCGUACACUCCUUAAAAUCUCCUGCUGUGGCCAGAUCUAGAAGUGUCUCUGACUCCUCUGUGCCACGCAGAGAUUCAGUCACAAAGUCGUUAACACCCGCAUUCAGUAAAGCCAAUAAACCAUCAAGCCAGCAGGGGUCCCCUUGGGAAACACUGGUUGUGUUUGCAAUAAAUCUGAAACAGCUGAAUGUUCAAAUGAAUAUGAGCAAUGUUAUGGGAAAUACCACAUGGACCACAAGUGGACUGAAAAGCCAAGGCCGCUUGUCUGUGGGGAGUAACAGAGACCGGGAGAUCAGCAUGUCUGUGGGGCUGGGAAGGUCCCAGCUGGACUCUAGAGGUGGAGUUGUUGGAGGAACAAUAGAUGUUAACACAUUGGAAAUGGUUGCUCAUAUUUCAGAGCAUCCCAACCAGCAACCCAGUCAUAAGAUCCAGAUAACAAUGGGCUCUACUGAAGCACGUGUUGAUUACAUGGGGUCCAGUAUCCUUAUGGGAAUCUUUAGCAAUGCUGACCUUAAGUUACAGGAUGAGUGGAAUGUCAAUUUGUAUACCCCACUGGACACCAGCAUUUCUGACAAAAGUGUUAUAUUUAUCCAUGGAGAUCUGCAGUGGGACAUAUUUCAAGUUAUGAUAUCCCGGUCAACUACUCCAGACCUCAUUAAAAUAGGAAUGAAGCUGCAAGAAUUCUUCACUCAACAGUUUGACACAAGCAAGCGUGCAUUAUCCACUUGGGGGCCUGUUCCGUACCUCCCACCUAAGACAGUGGUGACCAAUGUGGAGAAGAACUCACGGGAGCAACUGCUGGAUGCAGCUCACCACCGUCACUGGCCUGGCGUACUCAAGAUAAUAUCCGGCUGCCACAUAUCCUUGUUUCAGAUCCCGUUGCCAGAAGACACUGUUCAGUUAGGAGGCUCCAUGAGCCUUCAUGGUAACCACAUGACAUUAGCCUGUUUCCAUGGGCCCAAUUUCCGGUCAAAGUCAUGGGCAUUGUUCCAUUUGGAAGAGCCAAAUAUUGCAUUUUGGACUGAGGCACAAAAAAUAUGGGAAGAAGGGUCAAGUGAGCACUCUACAUACAUUGUACAAACUCUGGAUUUUCACCUUGGUCACAACACAAUGGUCACCAAGCCAUGUGGAGCUCUAGAAAGUCCUAUGGCAACUAUCACCAAAAUCACGCGAAGGCGUCAUGAAAAUCCGCCACAUGGUGUAGCCAGUGUGAAGGAAUGGUUCAAUUAUGUCACUGCUAUGAGAAAUGAAGAGCUGAACUUGCUUCGAAAUGUUGAUGCAAAUAACCCAGAAAGCAGCACAGCAGUAAAAAAUGCAAGUGUAUUGAGUGGUUUUCGCGGAGCAUCCAGUUACAAUCAUGAAACAGAAACCAUCUUUGCUUUGCCCAGAAUGCAACUUGAUUUUAAAUCUAUACAUGUACAAGAGCCACAAGAACCCGCACUGCAAGAUGUUGACAGCAAACCAAAGGUGGAGUGCAGCGUGGUGACUGAGUUUACAGAUCACAUCUGUGUCACAAUGGAUGCCGAGCUCAUUAUAUUUUUGCAUGAUUUGGUGUCUGCCUAUCUGAAGGAGAAAGAGAAAGGUGUCCUUCCACCCAGAGUUUUCACUACUCGCUCAGGGCAGAAGAGUCCUGUGAUACAAAUUGAUGACCGCUCUUCUGAAAAAGAAAAAGAGGAGAGCACUAAUUACACUUAUGUGGACUGGAGGGAAUUCAUGUGCAAUACAUGGCAUCUAGAGCCUACCCUCAGGCUGAUAUCUUGGACAGGAAGGAAAAUUGAUCCAGUGGGAGUAGAUUACAUUCUUCAAAAAUUAGGUUUCCACCACGCCAGAACCACUAUUCCAAAAUGGCUUCAACGUGGCGUCAUGGAUCCGCUUGAUAAGGUCCUCUCAGUCCUCAUAAAAAAGCUGGGGUCUGCUUUACAGGAUGAGAAGGAAAAGAAAGGAAAGGACAAAGAGGAGCACUGAACAUAUUCAAGAAUGUGAACAAAAUGUCAAUGAUCAAAGCAAAUAAGUUACAAUUGUUUUUAUUAUACAGGAAGAGGUUUUAACCAAUAUGUGGAAGUGACAAAUUUGAGCUUCUUUUUAAAAACAAAAACUGCUAUGAUCUCUCAUCCCUGGGAGUUUUUUUUAGCUACGUUUCUUCCUGUGGUCACAUCCCAUGGCCUUUGUUGUGAUUUGACAUGCCUUUGCCACGUUUUUGUCACUACAUUAACAUACAGUACAGUAGUUUCCGUUACUUCUGGCUGAGGGGAGUCCUUAGCUGUUAUUUGCCUCGUUCACUGCAUACAUCUCCGAUAUAACUCAGGGAUGAGAGGGGUUAAUUAAUUCCUUUGUGAAUGUAACUGUUUACCGUGGUGCAUGCUGCCAUUCUGAAAAGGAUAAAGCAUUGCAUGCUUAUGUAUAUUUUAGACUGAAAAUAGGGAUUCAACACUGUACAAUUUCUGCAGUUUUUUGUUAUUACCUUUUUAUUAAGUGCAAUAUGUUUGGUUUUUUUCUGUUAUAACUGCAGAAUGUUAACUGUGAAUGUUUUUUUAUUUUAUUUUUUCCCGUUGGCCAUAACAAUAAAUUGUUGACAAUGUGAAGCCAGUUAUUAUUAUUUUAAUAGUUAUUCAUGUAGUGCCAGCUUUACAAAUUGGUUACAAAACAGUAAUAAAAUGAGACAGAGUAAUAAAGA